AUGGAUAAAGAACACUUUUGUUUCUAUAUUAAAGUGCGUACUGCACUUCAUAUUCAACUAACAGUCAUUCAUAAAGAAUUACAUACUGUCUUUGGUGAUCAAGCUCCCCUUCUCAGAACUGUUCAAAGGUGGCCAAAAUCGUUUCGUGAAGGUCGAGAAGAAGUUGAAGAUGAAGAAAAAUCUGAAAGACCUGUAACGGAGACAACACCUGAAAAUGUCGACUGGAUCCGUGAUCUUAUCAAUGAUGAUCCUUAUCUUACAGUUGACGAGAUCGAAGAACAAACGGGUUUAAGUCAUGGCACUGUGCAACGAAUCAUUUCUGACCAUUUACAGUUGAGAAAAACUACCACUCGUUAUGUUCCUAAACAUCUAACAAAUUCUCAGAAGGCUGAACGGGUGCGUAUAUGUCAGGAGAAUUUAUCAAAAUUUGAACAAGGUGUUUGGAGAUUAAGUGAUGUGGUGACAAGAGAUGAAUCAUGGUUUUAUCACAAGCAAAUCGGUCGAAAGUCGUCAAAAGCUGCUUGGGUAGCACGUGGAGUAAAAGGUGAUGAAUCAUGGUUUUAUCACAAGGAAGUCGGUCGAAAAUCAUCGAAUGCUGCUUGGGUAGCACGUGGAGAUUCUCCUCCAACUGUGAUUCGACGUGGUCAUUUUGCUCCAAAAACUCUGCUGUAUAUUUUUCUCAAAUCAACUGGUUCAGUUUUAAUUCAUUCUGAUAAACGUAGACAAACAAUCGAUCAUCAAUAUUACAUCAAUAAGUGUUUGCGACCAAUUAUUGAUGAAAUUAGGAAGCAACGACCUUCCUUAGGUGUUCAAUCAAUUAAACUUCAUGAUGAUAAUGGAAGACCACAUAUGCAUGAAGAUAUAGUCAAUUAUCUUCAAUCGGAAGAUGUAACAAUAAUGCUACGCCCAUCUAAUUCUCCAGAUCUGGCUCCAUGCGAUCUUGGUUGUUUGACUUAA